AUGAUUGAGGAUCCGACAGUAAACCACCCAGGUGAACUCAACAAGCUGGAUUUUGAAGAGUUUGUGGAAAAGCUCGGAAACAUCGUCGAGAAGUCUCCAGUAGUUGCGGCGGCAGUCUGGUCCAAAAGACCGUUCUACAGUUUGCAAGACGUCCAUAAAGCAGCAUGUGACUUCAUUGACGGGCUUCCAAUGAACGGUAAAGAAGGCCUACUCCGCUGUUUUCCUGACCUAGCGGGAACUCUGGCCCGAGAAAGGCGGCUGGGCUCGGAGUCCACCGGAGAACAGCGCUCUGCGGGACUGUUGGAGUUAACCACGGAGGAACAGACCAACAUCACCCGCCUCAACUCCCGUUACAAGACAAAGUUUGGGAUUCCCUUCGUGCUGUGCGCCCGUCUGAACAAGAAGGGGGCCAUUCUGAGAGGAAUGAAGACCAGGAUCAACAACUGUAGGGAGGAGGAGAUCAAGACUGGCAUAGAGGAGGCAAAGAAAAUCUGCUGGCUGAGGCUUGUAGAUGCCCUACAGCCAGAGCAAGUGGUCGUCAUGUCUAAACUGUGACAUUCACACUAACUCUAUCUUAACAGUUCAGACUACGACGUGUUGUCGGGACACUGGACAAACUAAUUAGAAAACUCACUCAAAGAAUAGACAAAAUGAUUUACUGAAUAAAAUCAAGUACCGUGAAUUACAUGACUUUUAGGAAUCAUUUCUGUUAUUCUUUUUUUGGAAUCUGCGUUUAUUUGAGGCAUUGUGUUCAGUUCCUAGACUAGACAUAGACAUUUUCGGCUUCAUUCUGGUUUAAUGAUAACCAGAUAUGAGAUAACCUUUAUUGUACAUUCAUGCCCUAUCGGGCUAAGUACAGGUGAACAGAUGCAAAGGUAUAUAUAUACACGUUUGUAGUACAAACAGGACUACUGAUACUGAUCUAACUACAUCAGCUCUCAUUUCUCAUUGUUGGUCGUGUGUUAUGGACAACAUGUGGACUUUAACACUAUUGAAAUUUGAACCACCAGGAAAGACUCUGGUCACGGUCUGAAAGUGCAAACGUCAUUAGUACCGCUUUCAUAAUCUGCCAACUGUAUAUACAUACAUGUACAUUGUGUCCUGACAAGACAGACCACACAGACCACGCAUAACAACACUGUAACGGUCCUCUCGCGAUACCUCAUUGACAGAUCAUGACAAAUCUAGAUACAUUUUUGUAAUAUCAAUGUCGUCUCACGUACGUACCUACAGGUGGUAGUGGACCGUAAAGCUACCGUUUCAUCUUUUAUAUGCAGCCGUUGAGAAAAGUCAAUACUCUUGUAUUGAUGUAGGCUCUAAUGAAAAAGGGUCACGUAGUUCGAUGACACUACGUAUACGGUCAUGGAGCAUACGUACUGAGCACUUCAUAACUGCAACUACAUGUAUACUACAUGUGCAUCGACUGUGGUGUAGACUGUACUCAGCUUCAAAGCUAUGGGAGUAGCCAUGGGUGAAAAUCUAGCUUUCUUCUUUCACUCUCCCAUCAGAUUUGGAGUCUGCGGAGGAUGUCAUCCAUAAAAUUAAUUUACUUGCUGUAGCCUUACCUGUGGCCAACCGAAGCAGUGACAGCCUCGCUAAUUACACGAUUAUGCCGCGACAUCACUGGCCCUGGGCGCUGACGAGGCUUAAUCAAGACCACAUGCUUCGAUCUCAGUUAGGUUGG